AUGCUGAAGUUGCCACUGACCCAAUUGCUGCGGCAUUCGUUGGCCACACAGCUGAUGCGCAGCCAGACGCGUCUGUUGCAUGUGGGCGAUGCCAAUGUGUUGACCAGCGAAGUCGAUAAGCAAUCUGCCGAGUUCAAGGACAAUGCCAGCGAGAUGAGCAAACUGGUCUCACAGCUGCGUAAUGUGACCAGCCAGGUGUUGAACGGAGGCGGCGACAAGGCCAAUGAACGUCACACGUCCAGGGGCAAAUUGUUGGCCAGAGAACGCAUAAAUCUGUUGCUGGAUAAAGGUUCGCCCUUCCUGGAGCUUAGCACUUUGGCUGGCCAUGAACUGUACGGCGAUGAGGUGGUUAAUUCCGGUGGUAUUGUCACUGGCGUUGGACGCGUUUGCGGUACCGAGUGCGUUGUAGUGGCCAAUGAUGCCACUGUUAAGGGCGGCAGCUAUUAUCCUAUAACGGUGAAGAAGCACUUGCGUGCUCAGGAGAUUGCCCAGGAGAAUCGCUUGCCCUGCAUUUAUCUGGUGGAUUCCGGUGGCGCAAAUUUGCCACGUCAGGCCGAAGUCUUUCCCGACAAACUGCACUUUGGACGCAUCUUCUACAACCAAGCGAACAUGUCCGCCCAGGGCAUACCACAGAUUGCCGUCGUCAUGGGCAGCUGCACAGCUGGAGGCGCCUAUGUGCCCGCCAUGGCCGAUGAGAGCAUCAUUGUGAAGCGCCAGGGCACGAUUUUCUUGGCCGGCCCACCGCUAGUCAAGGCAGCGACGGGUGAAGAGGUUUCUGCCGAGGAUUUGGGUGGCGCUGAUCUUCACUGCAAGACCUCUGGCGUCACCGAUCACUAUGCGCUGGACGAUGAGCAUGCUCUCUACUUGGCACGCCAAGUGGUCAGCAAUUUGAAUCUGCCAGCGACCAACAACUACAACGAUCAGUUGCUGCAAUCGAGUCAGCAGAACUUCCGCAUUACCACGUCGAGUGAAGCUGCUGUGGAGGAACCUGUCUACGAUCCACGUGAACUGUAUGGUAUUGUAGGUCCUAAUCUGACCAAGAGCUUCGAUGUGCGUGAGGUGAUCGCUCGCAUUGUCGAUGGUAGUCGCUUCACCGAGUUCAAGAAGCUAUAUGGAGAGACUUUGGUCUGUGGCUUUGCCAAGCUCUAUGGACGCACUGUGGGUAUUGUGGGUAACAAUGGUGUCCUCUUCUCGGAGAGUGCGCUUAAGGGUGCCCACUUUAUUCAGCUGUGUGCGCAGCGUAAGAUUCCUUUGGUCUUCCUGCAGAAUAUUACAGGUUUUAUGGUGGGUCGUGACGCGGAAGCCAACGGUAUUGCCAAGAAUGGCGCAAAGAUGGUAACAGCGGUUGCUUGUGCCAAUGUGCCUAAGUUUACGGUCAUCAUUGGCGGCUCCUAUGGCGCUGGUAACUAUGGCAUGUGUGGACGCGCCUAUUCCCCUCGAUUCCUUUAUAUGUGGCCCAAUUCCCGCAUCUCGGUGAUGGGUGGCACCCAGGCGGCCAAUGUGUUGGCUCAGAUCACAGAGGAUCAACGCAAGCGAGCUGGCAAGGAAUUCACCGAAGCCGAGGCCCAAAAGAUUAAGACCCCCAUUGUGGAGAUGUUUGAGAAAGAGGGAUCCCCAUACUAUAGCACUGCUCGCCUCUGGGAUGAUGGCAUCAUUGAUCCGGCUAACACUCGCCAAGUGUUGGGACUCAGCUUGAAGGCGGCUCUGAAUAAUGCUGGACACGAUACCAAGUUUGGUGUCUUCCGCAUGUAAAGUGAAGGUGAUUUGUUUUCGGAGAUUCUGUGCAUUUGUGAGCAUUUAAUGUUCAAACUGUUGAAACUAUUGCAUUUAUUAGUGUUAAGCGAAAUGUUGUUUAUGUGCAUUUAUGUCAUUACUUUAAACAAAUUUAAGGGCGUGGCCCACAAAGCUUUUUAAAUAAAUAUACAAACGUAAUUGAACAUUUAAAA